AUAAACAGCUUUCUUCCCCAGAGAGUCAUCGACCCCACCUGGAAUCCUGUAGCUCAGCUUCAUAUGCCAUAGGACGGACCCCUCGACCAUAUAUACUGCUAUCUCCUUGCUCCCUACAUGAGACCUUGGAUGCACACACCCACCCGACGUCUUCACUCGCUAGCCCUCAACCUCUCCCGCCCGAGCACCAUAUCACAACAACAGCAACUCUCGGCCUCAAGCUCGAGAUCAACAUCAACCAUGUCCAACGCUGACAAGAUCAAACUCGCCAUUCUCGACGACUACGCCUCCAUCGCCCCAGCCCAUUUCUCUUCCAUCACAUCCCACGUCGAAAUCCACAGCUUCCCGGAAACCCUGAACGCACGCAUCACAUCGGAGCAUGACGCCCUCAUCAAACGUCUCGAGCCGUUCACAAUAAUAUCAUCCAUGCGCGAACGGACACAGUUCCCACGCUCCGUGCUCUCGUCUCUGCCAAACUUGAAACUCCUAUUAACAACAGGCAUGAAGAACGCGGCCAUCGACAUCUCCGCGUGCACGGAGCUCGGUAUUACAGUUGUCGGGACCGGCCCCAAGCCAAAUGCCGUCAAGGGCUACGACGCCACGAACGAAAUGACGUGGGCGCUUAUCUUGGGCUUGACGAAGGACUUGGUUGGUGGCGACGCGGUCGUCAAGGGUAGCCCCAACGGGUGGCAGAGCAGUCUUGUAUCCGGCCUCUCUGGGAAAACGUUGGGCUUGCUCGGCCUCGGCAGACUGGGCACCCAAGCCGCCGCGACGGGCAUGCUGGGCUUCGGCAUGGACGUGCUCGCGUGGAGUAGCAGCCUCACGCAGGACAAGGCCGACGAAGCGGCAAAGUCGCGCGGUCUGCCGGCGGGGAGUUUCAAAGUCGCGGGUUCCAAGACCGAGCUGUUCGAGAAGGCGGAUGUGUUGAGCGUGCAUUACGUGCUCAGCGACCGGUCAAGGGCCAUCGUUGGAAGUGAGGAGCUAGGUGCCAUGAAACCCAGCGCGAUACUGGUGAAUACAUCGAGAGGCCCGCUCGUCGAUGAAAGCAGCUUGGUCCAGGUGCUGGAGGCCGGCAAGAUCAGGGGUGCGGGAUUGGAUGUCUUUGAUACGGAGCCACUACCGGGAGACAGCCCGUGGCGCAGGGAUGGGUAUUGGGGGAGUAACGGGAGGAGCAAGCUAUUGCUCAGUCCGCAUAUGGGGUACGUCGAGGAGGAGACGAUGCACGCUUGGUAUGAGCAGCAGGUGGCGGCGGUCAAGGCGUGGUUGAAGGGGGAGGGUAUCAAGGGAGUGAUCUGUUAAGGGUAGGAAAAUGCUUCCCUCAUGUCUUGAAAUCUCAAUGCAUUAUCAAUUGUCUAGCUAUGCGAUG